AUGUGUGUAUGUGACAAAUAAAAUUUGAUGUGAUUUAAUUUAAUGACAUGGGUUAUUAACAUAGUGAAAUUUUGGUGUAAAAAUACAUUUCACAGGAAGUAUAAAUAGGAAGUGAACCUGACUAAAAUAAAAAAAGGACUUGAGCACUCUAGACAACAGCGACAGCAUUUCACUGCUGAGAGGUACAUAAGAGACUAAGAUGUCAUUUAGUUGCUGGUUGUUGUGCAUCUAUUCCCUCUGGCUUAAAGUAUCUCCAGCUGAGAGCAAGUCAUGGGAUGCUGAGGUUCCUCAAUCUGUGAUUGGCCUUGAGGGCUCAUGUGUAGUGAUUCCCUGCCUGUUUAAUUACCCUGGUACAGACAGGCAAGCUUCACAAUUCACAGGAAUCUGGUCCACAGUAUCUAAUGAAAAUGUCUACCAUUCCACUGCCUCCAAAAUUAGCAAAACAUUUGAGCAUCGCACGAGCCUCUUGGGCAACUUAAACCAACGAAACUGCUCUCUGAAAAUCGACCAUUUGCGUCAUGCUGACAGCGGCCAAUUAAUGUUCCGGGUUGAGAUUGCAGAUUUCGACAAAUACUCAUUCCAUCAAAGUAAAGUGUCUAUUACAAUAAAAGAUUCUCCAGGUCAACCUACUCUAUCCAUCCCAGAAGAAAUUAGUUCACGGAAAAGGGUGACUGCCAGCUGUAUAGUGUAUCACUCAUGUCCCUCUAAUCCACCCAACUUUACCUGGAGCCACAAAGGAACAGUUAGCACCCAAUCGCUGCAGCAAACCAAUGGCCAGUGGAAAAUGACAUCGUCUCUGAACUUUAUACCCUCAAAAACAGACCACAAGAAAGCUCUCAGCUGCACAGCUGUUUUUCAGGGAGGCAAGAAAGGUACCGACAUGACAACUCUAGAAGUAAAAUAUCCUCCAGAAAAUGUUUCCGUCAUUUCAAAGGACUCAGUGGCCGAGGGCAGCACAGCGAACAUGACCUGCUCCAGUGACAGUAAUCCUGCUCCUCACACAUACCACUGGUUUAGUGAGGCUGGGAUCUUGCUGUCAGAAGGACACACAUUCAUACUGAAGAAUGUGUCCAGACACAUAGGAACCAUCUAUUGUGCAGCCAUUAACACAGAGGGACACACUAACUCCAGUCCAACACAGCUCAAUGUAUUGUAUCCUCCUGAGAUUAAAGCUGGCUUAUCUUGUACUUUGGGAGCCUCAGGAAUGACGUGUCAGUUUGCAAUAGAUUCUCAUCCUGCCAGUGAAAUCAAGUUGUGGGGUGCAGAUCCGUCAUCAGAGCUCCAAACCCGCGAAGAAAAACACGGCACUCUGACUAUAGUGACCCUACAGGUGGCGCUAGGCUUCUCUGACACUGUGCACUGCCAAGCCACUAACAGCCAAGGGAACUACACCCUGAAUUUACAAGUGCCAUACAACCCUGAGCCAAACAACAGCAUGCUACUGUACAUAUCAUACGCUGCCACUUCCAUUUUUGUGAUGAUCAUGAUCGUGGGCUUCUCUGUGUGGAUAAUAAAACGCUGUAGGAGGACUGAAGCUCCCUUAACACUACAGCCAAAGAUGGAAAUGAAUGCGAGCAGCCAGUAUGAGCCAAAAAGGAAAUGUACAGAUCUGAACCCAAGCUAUGACGGAAGUGAGCAUGUGUACGGCAACAUGGCACUUGAUGAUCCAUAUGCAGAGGAGUAUCCCUAUGAAUAUGCUAGUGAAUACGAAGAAACGUAUGCUAAUGUGUGAACGCCAAAGAAUUUUGUUCGGUGAAGGAGUAAAAGAUGAUAUGAUGAAUUUUUUUAAAGUAUAAAUUUUUUAAUUAUAAGUAAGUAUUUGAAUUUAUCCUUGAACAUAAUAUAAUUUAUUAGAUUACAAUAACAUAAUAUAUAUUAUACAUUCAUUCAUUCAUUCAUUCAUCUUCUACCGCUUAUCCGAACUACCUCGGGUCACGGGGAGCCUCAGGCGUCAUUGGGCAUCAAGGCAGGAUACACCCUGGACGGAGUGCCAACCCAUCGCAGGGCAUAUAUUAUACAGUAACAAUCUAAUUAUAGUACAGGUUCAAUAAAUAAUUUUUUAAAAAACAAAUCUUACAAAUACAGUUUUCAUAUAGUCUGCUUUUAAAUUCUGCAUAUCCUCACUGUUAGGCGGAAUCCUCGUAUCUCCAAAACUGUUAUUUUUCAGGAAAUUAAAAAAACACCCGUACACACGUACCUUAUCUGCAGUGCACAGGGUUUAGUCCGCGUUGCAGUGGAUUGUCUUGCGCUAAAUUCCUGUCUUCAGACGAGCACCAGAACUAGCGGGGGGUCAAGAUUUUUUUUUCUUUGAGCCCAGUGUUUUGAAGACAUUUACCUCAAAAGACGUGUUGAUUCGUUGUGACUUUUAUUUAGGAGAAAUAUGCCGCGAAGCUCUCCCGCGGAGUGAGGAAGAGGUGGACAGUUGAAGUGGAGAUUUGCGCUCAAGCUAUUUUCAAGACUUUAGAUUGGUUAAUAACUUGUAAAAAUAACAGACCCACGUGGGGACUGACCAAUAGCAUCGAUAUGUGAAAAAAUAUGAAAUUGACCAAAUUUGGACAUACGAGGUUUCCGCCCGACAGCGACGAUAUAUACUUUUUUGUAUUUCAAGUCUUAUAGUAAAUUAUUUCAAUAUGAUUAUUUUUUGUUUGCAUGAAUUUAACCAUAAUUUUGCCAUAACUAAUCUAAUGGUUAAUUGCAUUUAAUGUUCUGAAUGACUAAAACAGGAUUAUUAAGAAUGCAUUGCUAAGAAGACAUUGCACAUUUCUAAAAUAAAUACUUAAAUAGAGAAGAA